AUGCUGCCUUACCAGUACAGACCCUUGGACACUACCACCAAUGAGCUACGCCUUGUCACACUAUUGCCAGACUUGGUUGAUAAACCUCUCCGCCUGAACAUAACCCACACUCAGUUCAAGCUACUUCAGCCCACAGAGAGGCCCCCUCCCCGGCAAGGACUUGACGAAAUUCGACGCACCUUGCCCGAGGGCUGGGAUGUGGACGAAGCCUUAGAGGGCCGCCUACUCUUCUUCCGCCCAGGCAAACUCGAGAGCUCGGUGUCAUGGCAGCAUCCUGAUCCACUAUACGCCAAGGAAUUUGCUGAUGACGCUGGAAACGCAUUGAGAUGUCUUCGGCUCCCUGAUGGUCCAAGGACCCUGUGGAUUGACGCCAUCUGCAUCAAUCAAACUGACCUUGGCGAGCGAAGCGCGCAGGUUGGCAGAAUGUGCGACGUCUAUUCCUUGGCUUCUCGAGUGAUAAUCUGGCUUGGUCCAGCAGCAGAUGAUAGCACGCUGGCGGUGACAAGUCUCGGAAGACUAGGCGCCCAAGUCGAGUAUCUCCGAGGGGGCUUGAUGUGUCCCUCGCCUGGAUGCACCCAGCCUAACUGGUACAAGAGCGACUAUGAAAUCCCGUUCGACCUUGCCACCUGGGAGUCUAUCCAUCGUCUCAUCAGUCGACCAUGGUUCACGAGGCUGUGGAUCAUUCAGGAAGCCCAGCUUGCAAGUGAAAAGUCUGUCGUGCAAUGCGGUGGCGACCAGGUGCCGUGGCCCGUCCUCCGUCGGGCCAUCAUUUGCCUCUUCCUCAAGAAGAGUGGCCCUCCCACGGGCAUGGUUCGCCAGCUGCGCUAUGCUAUGGAUUGCACUCAGUUCCUCCGCGGCAUGUCUGUGGACCGGCUACUGCAAAUGUCGUCCUUCAGAGCAUGCAGUGAUCCGAGAGACAAGAUAUACGGCAUGUUGAGCGUCAUGCCGCCCAAUUUCACCGCCCGCAUCCGAGCUGAUUAUUCUCUGAGCGUGGAGGCAGUGUACUCGGACGUCUUUCUCUCUUAUACCCGGCACUUCAAGCGCCUGACUCUUCUCCAGCAAUGUAGCCGAAUAGAUGCGGCAUGGCCGUCUUGGGUGCCUUUCUGGAAAGAGCCGUUGAACGUGAUGAAUACCACGGACCGAGCGUUCCGUGCCAGCGGGCUGUCGUCAGCUCAUUUCCAACAAAGAGGGAGCACGCUUCAAGUCGUAAACGCCCGCUUUGGUGACGUACUCACUGCGGAAGAGGUCCAUCUCGGUCCCGAUCCGAGCCUACAAGACAUUAUCAACUAUCUAAGCCAAAUGGGUAUUGAGAGGUUGGAUUCCUCCCGGUACGUGGCGGGGGGUAGCGUCUAUGAUGCAUACCUUCAAUCUCUUUCCGCCGCCGCGCUUCAAGAUCGAUUUGAACAACCUUCAGUGUAUUCAACGCUGCAAGAGUGGAAGGAUGAGAUUGCCGAGCUGAGGAACGCGCCCAGAGGAGCUGUCAAGUUAAGCAGGCAGACUAUAGCGGUUCUCGGUAACUUGCGCACACACUCAGUGGUGACAUUGGAAGGGGGCUAUGUAGGGCUGGCUAAGCGAGCAGUGCAGGCAGGCGAUCGCAUUGCUAUCAUCCUUGGCUGUGCGGUACCAAUGGCUCUCCGGCCGACGUCUACCGGGGCCUUCCAAGUCCUUGGACCAUGUUUUGUCCACGGUAUCAUGGAUGGAGAAGCUCUCCUUGGUCCUCUCCCGUCAGGUUGGACGGUCAAAGCCUCAUACGGAGAAGACGGCCUCUUGAGGCCGGUGUAUCACAACUCACACACUGACACUGCUUGUGUUGACGAUCCGCGCUUGGACAGUCGGGCAUUGCCGUCUCAUUGGGAGCCUAUUGAGUGGACAAGGACACGAGAUGACCCCAUCGCAUGCACCAAGUACCGGAAUGGGACGACGGGAGAGGAGAUAAACUGUGACCCGCGGUUGUUACCUGACGCGCUGAGUGCGCGAGGGGUUCGUUGCGAGGCUAUUGAUCUCAUUUGA